AUGACCAACCCAGGCCGCGAACCCAUCGCGCUGGUAGGCAGCGGCUGCCGCUUCCCCGGCGGCGCCCACUCACCCUCCUCCCUUUGGCGUCUCCUGGCGGAGCCCCGUGAUGUCUGCCGUGACAUCCCCGCUAGCCGGUUCGAUACGCGCGGCUUCUACCACCCAGACGGCACGCACCACGGCAGCACCAACGUGCUGCGGUCUUACCUCCUCGAGCGCGACGACGACCUCCGCACCUUCGAUGCCGGCUUCUUCAACAUCAGCCCGCACGAGGCCGAGUCCAUGGACCCGCAGCAGCGCCUCCUGCUCGAGACGGUGUACGAAGCGCUCGAAGCCGGCGGGCACACCAUUGACGCGCUGCGCGGGUCGGAUACCGCUGUGUAUGUGGGCACUAUGGGCGUGGAUUACUACGACACGCUGGUGCGCGACCUGCAGACACUCCCGACGUAUUUCGCCACGGGCACAAACCGCGCGAUUCUGUCGAACCGUGUGUCGUAUUUCUUCGAUUGGCAUGGCCCCAGCAUGACGAUUGACACGGCGUGCUCGUCCAGUCUCAUCGCCGUGCACCAGGGUGUGCAGGCGCUGCGGAGCGGGGAGUCCCGCGUGGCGGUCGCCUGUGGCACGCAGGUGUUGCUCAACCCCGAGAUGUACGUGGCCGAGAGCAAGAUGAAGAUGUUGUCCCCUACGGGGCGGUCGCGGAUGUGGGAUGCGGGGGCGGACGGGUAUGCCAGGGGUGAGGGUGUGGCGGCGAUUGUGAUGAAGAGGCUGAGUGAUGCCAUUGCGGAUGGGGAUGCGAUUGAGUGUGUGAUUCGUGAGACGGGCGCGAAUCAGGACGGGUUUUCGAAUGGCAUUACCGUGCCGAGUACCGAGGCGCAGGCCGCGCUGAUCCGGCAGACGUAUGCGCGGGCGGGGCUGAAUCCGGAGCAGAAUCUAAAGGACAGGCCGCAGUUUUUUGAGGCGCAUGGGACGGGCACGCAGGCGGGAGAUCCCAAGGAGGCCGCGGCCAUUGCGGGGGUGUUCUCCCCCCAGUCUCUGGGAGAGGGUGACAACAACGACACCAAAACACCCCUGUACGUCGGUUCGGUCAAGACCGUGAUCGGCCAUCUGGAGGGUGCGGCCGGACUGGCGGGUUUGCUGAAGAGCGCCCGCAUGAUCCGGGCCGGGGUGAUUGUGCCGAACCUGCUGUUUGAGACGCUAAAUCCGGCGAUCGAGCCGUACUAUCGGGGUUUGUGCGUACCAACGGCGACAACGGCGUGGCCAGCGCUGGAGGAGGGCGUGCCACGGCGUGUGAGUGUGAAUAGCUUUGGCUUCGGCGGCUGCAAUGCCCACGCCAUCCUGGAGGAAUACCAGCCAACCACUCAACCCUCGCCUUCUUCCUCCUCUUCGAUUGCAUUCACACCCUUUACCUUCUCCGCCAUCUCCGAAGCCUCACUGGUCGCCCAGCUGCGCGCGUACCAGUCCCAUCUUUCCACCCACCCCGAAAUCAACCCCGCGGACCUCGCCUGGACGCUGCAAACUCGCCGCACCGAGUUCCCUAUCAAAGCGGCCUUUUCCGCCACGACCAUCGACCGCUUGGCCGCCAAACUCGACACCAAACUCGCCGCUGUCGACGCCAGCCCCGAAGCCACCGUUGGCACGCGCACUACUACGACAGGCGCCCCCCGGAUUUUGGGAGUAUUCACAGGCCAAGGCGCACAAUGGGCCACCAUGCUCGCCCAGCUCAUUCACACCUCCCCAUUUGUCCGCGCCCGCCUGGCCGAGCUCGACACCUCACUCGCUACCCUCCCUGACGCGGCUGACCGGCCAACUUGGACCUUGGCCUCCCAGCUCCUUGCCGAGGGGACCGCGUCCCGACUGUCCGAGGCUGCGCUCUCCCAACCGCUGUGCACAGCCGUGCAGAUCGUUCUUGUUGACCUGCUCCGCGCAGCCGGGAUUUCCUUCUCCGCUGUAGUCGGGCAUUCGUCUGGCGAAAUCGCAGCCGCAUACACCGCCGGUUUCUUAUCCGCGCACGACGCGAUCCGCGUGGCGUACUACCGCGGCGUGCACGCCCGACUGGCUGGAAACCCCAGCGGGAACGGGCAGAAGGGUGCCAUGCUGGCGGUCGGCGCGUCAUGGGAAGAAGCCCAGGACUUGGUCAACAGUGAGGAGUUCAAGGGCCGGUUGGCGAUUGCGGCGCAUAAUUCGCCUGCUAGCGUCACGCUGUCUGGUGAUGAGGACGCCAUCUUGCUUGCGAAGCAGGCGUUGGAUGCGACCAAGACGUUUGCCAGGCUGUUGAAGGUUGAUACGGCGUAUCAUUCGCAGCAUAUGAUUCCUUGCGGGGAGGCGUAUGUCGCGUCGUUGAGGGCCGCGGGGGUGUCUGUUCUCCCUGGGGAUGAGAAUGUGAAGUGGUUCUCGAGUGUCAACCCCAACAGUGUUCCCGUGAAAGGGAGUGACGCGCUUAAGGACCUGUACUGGCGCGAUAACAUGGCCAACUCGGUUCUGUUUACCGAUGCGGUGCGAAACGCGCUGGCCAGUGAUGAGCAGCUGGGUCUGGCAAUCGAGGUUGGGCCGCACCCGGCGCUCAAGGGGCCGGCGACGCAGAUUGUUGCUGACGUCCGCCCUUCCACCAUCCCUUACACUGGUGUCCUCAGCCGCGGGGCUGAUGACGUCGAGGCGUUUGGGGAUGCCCUCGGGUUCUUAUGGACUCAGCUUGGCAGCAAAUCUGUCAACCUCCAGGCGGUCCACAAUCUUCUCCAGGGAACAGACACACCACAAACCCACCAGUUGGUCCUCGACCUGCCGACCUACCAAUGGAAUCACGACCGCUCCUACUGGGGCGAGUCUCGCGCAUCCAAACUCGACAUGCGCCACCGCAGCCAACCACCCCACGAACUCCUCGGUGUCCCCUCGGCCGAGUCCACACCGCAGGACCUGCGCUGGACCAACGUCCUCAAAGCAGGGGAGAUCCCCUGGCUGGACGGACAUCAGCUGCAGGGACAGACGGUGUUUCCGGCUGCGGGGUAUGUUACCAUGGCGCUGGAAGCCGCUCGAGUUGCUGCGCGUGCGAACCCAGACAAAGAAGUGGAAGUGCUGGAAGUGCACGACCUCGCCAUCCCCAAAGCCAUCACCUUCGACGAGGCGGACAGCGCAGGGGUGGAAACGCUUGUGACGCUCACGGGCGUGCGGUACUCGGCCGAAGACAACAGCACCACGGCCGACUUCUCCUGCUACGCGCUUCCCGUAUCCACAGCUGCUGCGGUGCUUGAUGAGCGGUCCAUGGAGCGUAUGGCGCAUGGUUCCGUCAAGAUUGUGUAUGGCCAACCCGACGCCAACGCCCUGCCCUGUGUGGCUCCGGAGGAGUAUAACAUGGCCGCUGUCGACACAGACGCGUUCUACACUACCCUGCGGAAACUCGGGUACGGGUACGACGGAGCGUUCCGCAGUGUGUCUGGCCUCAAACGCAGGCUGGAUGCGGCUGUUGUCAAGGCGGAUUCGUAUGAUUAUACCGAUCCCGCCGCUGGGGCUGGGCCGCAGUGGACGGCUGAGACGGUGUAUCUGGUGCAUCCGAGCACGCUGGAUAUUGCCUUCCAGACGACAAUGCUGGCGUACUCGGCUCCCGGGGACGGACGGCUGUGGUCGCUGCAUGUGCCGACGGCAAUGAGAACGGUGCGGGUGAACCCGGCUGUUGCGGCUACUGUUCCGUUAGGGAAGACCCCGAUUCCGGUGUCGGCUGUUAUUGAGAAUGACAUCACUACGGCUGGGGCAGCUGGACCGGGAGAUGGCUUUGCGGCCAGCAUCGAGCUGCUGAGCCCCGACGGUCAGCACGGGCUCAUGCAAGUGGACGGGUUUGUGAUCCAGCCAUUUGCGCCGGCUUCUGCAGCGGACGACCGGGCUGUCUUCCGGUACACCAAGCUGGACGUGGCCGUGCCGGAUGGCAACCUCGUUGUGGGCAACACCCGCCCGUCCGCGGCCGACACGGAGCUUGGCAUCCUCUGCGAGCGUGUGUCGUACUACUACAUCCGGAAGUGGAAUGACGAGCUGGCCGAGGCCGACUGGGAAUCCGGCCAACCGCACCAUCUUUCUCUACGCGACUGGGUCAUUUACACAGUCACCAGUGCCGCGCGCGGCCACCACCCGACGAUGAAGCCGGAAUGGGCCGCCGACACCCACGAGCAGAUCCACGCGCUCAUGGCCAAAUUUCCCGACAGCGUCGACCUCAAGCUUCUCCGGGCCGUCGGUGAGCACAUCCCCGCGUCUGUCCGCGGCGAGACGACUAUCCUCGAGCACAUGCUGAAGGAUAACGUCCUGGACGAUUUCUACAAGUACGGUCUCGGGUUCCCGCGGUAUAAUGCCUUCUUGGCUGGCGUGGCGCGGCAGAUUGCGCAUCGCACGCCCCGGGCCAAUGUCCUCGAAAUCGGCGCUGGUACAGGCGGUGCGACCAAGUCGGUGCUCGCUGCUAUCGGCGACAGUGUAUCGGCAUACACGUACACGGAUAUCUCUGUUGGCUUCUUCAACAACGCCGCGGAGAUGUUCAAGCAGUAUGCGGCGAAAAUGGUGUUCAAAACACUCGAUAUCGAAAAGGACACCACUGCCCAGGGGUAUGUCGACCAGUCCUUCGACCUCAUCAUCGCCUCCAACGUUCUGCACGCUACGGUAUCCCUCCACGCGACCCUGGAAAACACCCGCCGUCUGCUCAAACCGGGUGGUUACCUGCUGCUUCUCGAAAUCACCAACCAAGGCCCCACUCGCUUCGGCAACGUCAUGGCCGGUCUUUCGGGCUGGUGGCUGGGUGCCCCCGACGGGAGGAAAUACGCGCCCACCGUGACACCCGGACGAUGGCAUUCGGCCCUUCGCAAAGCCGGGUUUUCCGGUGUCGACUCCAUCACACCCGACGUCGGUGGUGUGGCCUGGCCGUGCUCGAUCAUGGCUACCCAGGCGGUGGACGACCGGGUUCAGUUCCUUCGUCGCCCGUUGGCACUGCCCGCGACGUCGGCGGCCACGGUGCAUUUUGAGAGCUUGGUUGUUGUGGGCGCGCAGACGCUUGAUACAGCGCGGAUUGUGGAGACUCUCACGGAGCAUUUGUCCCGGUUCGCUGCGCAGGUUACUGUCCUCCCUACUUUGCCCACGGAGGAUGAGGCGGAAGAGUAUAUUACGCCUCUGACGACGGUUAUUCUGCUGGCUGACUUGGAUGCUCCCCUCUUCCGCAACAUGACCGCUUCGCUUUCUGCUACGGAAGAGACACUCGCGGGCCUGCAGCGUGUACUAGACCGGGCGGGUACCGUACUCUGGCUCACACGCGGCGCACACGUCGAUGAGCCGUUCCAUGGCUCCAGUGUGGCGUUCAUGCGCAGCGUGCGCAGUGAAGCGCCGCACUUGGGGCUGUACAGUGUGGAUGUGCAUAAGGAGUUGGAGGAUCGGGUCGUGGGACGGGUUGUUGCGGAGUAUGUGUUACGGUCGACUGCGCUGUCCGAGUGGGAGGACGGUAUCGAGCAGGAUACUGAAGGGGGUAGCAACAUCCUGUGGCCGCGGGAGUUUGAGGUUGUCGUGGACGCGCAGGGCCGGUUGACACUGCCGCGGCUGAUUGCGCACAAGGGGCAGAAUGCGAGACAUAACGCGGGCAGACGGGCAGUCACGAAAUCUGUCGCUGGGCCCGUGGCUCUCGCGUGGAAGGGGGGCAAGCCGGUGCUGGUUGCGAGCCAGCGGCUGGCUUCGACGACAGAGGACCGUGUCAAGGUUGUCAGCUCGAGUGUCUCGGCUGUUCGCGUGGCCGAAGAUACCUUUUUGUUUGUGGGAACCGGCACUGGAAAACAUGGCGAUGUUGCGUUUUUGUCGACCACCAACGCAUCUGAGGUUGUUCCCCUCGUUUCUACCCCCCUGGCAGGCGCAAGCACAAACACCCCCGCUAUCAUCAGCGCACUCCUCGCAGCCUCCAUCCUCUCGGAAAUCCCGGCCUCCCAGAGCCUUCUCGUCCUCGCGAACCUCGCCAACACCUCUCUAGCCACUGCUCUCAUUCAACUGGCAUCUGCCCAAAACAUCCGCGUCACAGUAGCUGUCGACGCCUUGCAGGUGUUUGAGGACGACGUGGAUCCGGACUGGGUGCGGAUUAGUCCGCGUGCGUCGAGACAUGCUCUGCGCGGAGUGUUGAAGAGCGCUGGGGGUGUGACGCAUUUCUUGGAUUUGACCACUCGUGAAGUGCCGAGUGCGCUGGGGCAUUUGCUGAGGGGAGUCUUGGGGGGAGUUAAAGGUGUGGAGUUGGGCGGGUUUGUCCGGAAUGCUUCUGGCGUUGGCUCAGUACAGUUGACGGAGGAGUUGACCGAGAAAUUGAAGGGCCAGGUGGACCAGGCACAAACACUGUCACUCCCCCUCACCCAGCCACUCGACGCUUCCACUCUCGACACCUCAACCGUCGACACUCUCUCCGCCAUCACCUGGCCCACUACCCCGGUCACAACCCUCAUCCCCACCCUCAACCCGUCCACUCUCUUCACCCCCAGCACCUACCUCUUGAUCGGUCUCGCCGGCAGCAUCGGCCAGUCCCUCGCCGAAUGGAUGCUCGCCCACGGCGCGGGGUGUGUCAUCCUCGCCAGUCGCACGCCCAAGGUCGAUCCGCGCUGGCUGGCCUCCUUUUCCGGCGCGGUCCGCAUUUUCUCGGUGGACGUCACCGACCUGUCUGCUGUCGAGGCUCUCGUCAAGAAAAUCCGGGAAACGGCUGACAUCCCCCCCAUCGCGGGCGUCGCCAACGGCGCUAUGGUCCUGCACGACGCGCUCUUCUCCAACAUGACACCUGCCCAAAUGCACACCGUCCUGCGCCCCAAGAUUACGGGGUCGUACAACCUCGACCGGGCUUUUGCGUCAGACGACCUCGAGUUCUUCAUCCUGUUCUCGUCUGUCAUUUGCGUGUCUGGCAACUCCGGCCAGGCCAACUACGGCGCGGCUAACGGGUAUGUGCAAUCCCUGGCUCGGCAGCGUCGCCGGAGAGGGCUGGCUGCGUCGGCGUUGGAUGUUGGGCGGGUCGUGGGUGUUGGGUAUGUUGAGACUGCUGGCGAGACGGUUGCCGGGCAGUUGGAAAGGAUGGGCUUGGAUACGCUGUCUGAGGGGGAUUUGAGGGUGGCUUUUGGGGAGGCUAUUCUUGCUGGGCGUCUGCCCGUUACCGGCACUGCGGGAGAAGAAGAGGAAGAAAGCGGAAACGGCAUCGUCACCACUGGAAUCCGCAACAUCCGCCGCGACGAAGACAUCCGCGGCCCGUGGUUCUCCAACCCCCUGUUUGCCCACUGCAUCGUUGACGCCAUUGACGCUGUCGACGCCCGCGCGGGCAACGACAAGGAAGGCCCCGCGCUGCCUGUGAGCCAGCAGCUCGCUCGCGCCACUACUGCCGAGGAAGGCCUGGAGGUGUUGGUCUCGUGUUUUGAGGCCCGGCUGCGGGUAAUUCUGCAGAUUUUCGAUGGCGAGUUGGAUCGCGAUGCGCCGCUUGUUCAGUUGGGGAUUGACUCGUUGGUUGCUGUCGAGGCACGGUCGUGGUUCUUGAAGGAGUUGAAGGUGGAUAUGCCCGUGUUGAAGCUGGUGGGCGGAGCGUCGGUGAAGGAGGUUUGUUUGUUGGCCUGGGAGAAGUUGCCCGAGGGGUUGGUCGGUUCCCUUGGUGAGGCCAAUGUCAAUAAGGAAACCGUUGCCGUGGCAACGGAAAGGGGGCCGGAGACAGAAAGGGGCUCGAAGGACCUGGGCUCGACCACCCGCUCGCCGUCGGAUGCGGGGACUAUGGACGACUCGGAGGAUGUUACUCGGUUGGCGUCGAGUGCUACUACGCCUGCGACGGUCUCGGAGGCUGGCGAUGAGCCCGAGACUGUCCUUAAGCAGACCGAGGCCGAGACCAAGACGGACACCAAGGCCGAGACCAGGACCAUCGAGACUCUCCCAGUCGAGACCAAGACAGUUACCCUCAACGAGAAGGACAAAACCCCCAUCUCCCUCAGCCAAUCCCGGUUCUGGUUUCUCCACCACCUCCUGGCCGACCCCAGCACUUACAACGUCACCCUCCACUACCACAUCACCGGCCCGCUGCGCAUCCCCGACCUCGCCCGCGCCGUCCGCACCGUGACCGCCCGCCACGAAGCGCUACGCACCGCCUUCCUCGCCGACCCGACCGACCCCAGCCAAGCCUACCAAAAAGUCCUCCCCACUUCCCUCGUCCGCCUCGACCACCGCCCUCUUUCGUCCCCGUCAGACCUCGACGCGGAAUACGCCCGUCUCCAAUCCCACCCCUUCGACCUCGCCAGCGGCGACCUGAUGCAACUCGUCCUGUUAAGCGACGGUCCCACCUCCCACCACCUCCUCAUCAACUACCACCACAUCAUCAUGGACGGCGUCUCCCUCCAAGUCUUCUUCACCGACCUCGACAAAGCCUACACUCACCGUCCUCUCGGCCCCCGCCCCCCGCAAUACCCCGCUCUCUCCACCGCACAGCGGACAGCCUACACCUCCGGCGCGUUCGCCACUGACCUUGCCUAUUGGCGGUCUGUCUUCCCUGCUGAUGACCCGCCGCCGGUGUUGCCUUUGCUGCCGAUGGCGAAGGGGAAUGCCCGGUUGGCGAUGGGGCUGUUUGAUACGCACCAGGUGUCCCGCAGGUUGGAGGGCGGGUUGGUGGGCAAGGUGAAGGCGCUGGCGCGCGCGCAGAGGGCCACGCCGUUUCAUUUGUAUUUGGCUGCUUUUAAGGUGUUGUUGUUUGCCCUGCUGCCGGAGACGACUGAUCUCACGAUUGGUAUUGCCGACGCGGCUCGACACGAGGAUGCUGUCAUGGGCAGCAUCGGGUUCUUCCUCAACCUCCUCCCGCUGCGGUUCCGUCGGGGCGGUGCUCCCGCAAACGACAAGGGGGAAGGAAAGAAAAAGCAGACCCUUGCGGAGGCUGUUUCGGAAGCCCGCGACACCGUCUACGCCGCCCUCGGCGCCUCCCGCGUCCCCUUCGACGUGCUCCUCACCGAACUCGGUGUCGAGCGCUCGGCGGGGCACAGCCCGUUCUUCCAAGCCUUUUUGGAUUACCGUCUCGGGUCGCAGGAGAAGCACAGUUUCGGUUCUUCUGGGACAGGAAAAGAAGGAGAAUGCGAAUUCGAACUCACCCGCGCCCGGCCUGGACGCACGGCGUAUGAUGUGACUCUGGAUGUGAUGGAGAACGCGGCGGAUGCGCUGGUGGUGGUGCGUAUGCAGAAGGGGUUGUAUGAGGAGGGGGCCGCGGGGCUGGUGUUGGAUUUGUUUGUGAAGGUUGUGGAGCAGAUGGUGGGGAAUUCAGAGGCUGAGGGGGUGGACUUGCUGGGGGGUGUGGUGGAUAAGGUUGGUGAGACGGUGGGAAGGGGCCCUGCUCUUGAAUCCAACUGGCCGGCAACCCUUCCCCACCGCAUCGACGCCAUCGCGCAGACACACCCGACUAAGCCCGCCGUUCAAGAUGACUCGCGCACCCUGACCUACGCCGAGAUGACCGCCCGCAUCGAAGCCAUUGCGCACACCCUAAAGGCCCUUCCCGGUUUCGCUCCCGGUGCCCGCGUUCUAGUCUUUGAACAAGCCACGGCCGACUGGGUGUGCUCGAUGCUGGCCAUCAUGCGCGUCGGGGCCGUGUACGUCCCCCUGGACCUGCGCAACCCCCUGCCGCGUUUGGCUGCGGUAGCCAAAGACUGCGCGCCGUUUGCCAUUUUGGCAGAUAGCGUCACCGUGGUAGACGCCCCACAGCUGGAGGUCCCCGAUGCGCACAUCGUGGAUGUUUCGACGGUCCCCCGGCAAUCGGAGAAGCCAGUUCCCAAUGAAUCCUCCGCCGACGCCACGGCCGCCAUCCUGUACACUUCUGGCAGCACGGGCACACCUAAGGGAAUCGCAGUCACUCAUGACGGUCUGCGCAACGAGAUCGAGGGCUACACCAAGACCUGGAACCUCGGCGCCGAGCGCACCCUCCAACAGAGCGUCUUCACCUUCAACCACUCGUCCGACCAGAUCUACACGGGCCUUGUCAACGGCGGCACAGUUUACGUGGUCCCCAGUCACCUCCGCGGCGACCCGGCCGAGAUCACGCGCAUCAUGGCCGACCACGGCAUCACCUACACCAAAGCGACCCCCUCCGAGUACCUGCUCUGGAUCGAGCAUGGCGCCGAGAAUCUGCAGAAAGCGGGCCGCAGCACCUGGAAAUUUGCCUUUGGCGGUGGUGAAUCUCUCACUACCAGUGUCCCAUCCGGCCUGGCCGCUCUCGAGCUGAGCCCCGACUUCCGCUUCUUCAACUCGUACGGCCCGACGGAGAUUUCCAUCUCCUCCCACAAGGUCGAGAUCCCCUACCGCGAUUCUGCUUCCCUUUCCUCCGUUGCCCGCAUCCCGUGUGGGUUUUCCCUGCCCAACUACCACACCUACAUCGUCGACCCGUCUGACGCUGUCCCGGCCCGGGCUUACCCGCCUUACAUGCCGGGUGAGGUGUGCAUCGGCGGCGCUGGUGUGUCACAGGGGUACUUGAACAACCCGGAGCUGACGGACAAGCACUUCGUUCCGAACCCGUUUGCCACUGCGGAGGAUGUUUCAAAGGGGUGGACUCGUAUGUACCGGACCGGGGAUAUCGGACAUUUGACGGCGGACGGACAGUUGGUCUUCCGCCAUCGGAUUGCGGGCGACACGCAGGUGAAGAUCAGGGGGUUGAGGAUUGAUUUGCGGGAUGUGGAGAGCAAUAUUGUGGGUGAGUCCGGCGGAGUGUUGCAGGAGGCGGUGGUCACGCUGCGAGACGAAGAAACUGGAGUGUUGGUUGCGCAUGUGGUGUUCUCACCUGCGCAGGCCGCCGAAUGGAGCGAAAGCCAGAAAGAAGCCUUCCUCGAGGGGCUACUCGCCAAACUGCCGGUCCCGCAGUACAUGAUCCCCGUCCUGGCUAUCCCCCUUGCCAAACUCCCGCUCUCCGCCCACGCCAAAGUCGACCGCAAAGCUGUCCGGGCUCUGCCUCUCCCCGAGCGCCAACUCAAGGGUUCGUCCGAGGCUGAGUCCGAAGAGCUGACCCCGACAAUGGCCACCCUCCAAACCAUCUGGCGCGCCGUCCUCGGUGCCCCGGUUUCUGGCAGAGCUAUCACUCCGUCGACUAGCUUCUUCCACGCCGGCGGCAACUCCUUGCUGGCUAUCCGUCUCCAGGCCCAGGUCAAGACCCACUUCCGCGUUGUGCUGCGGCUGAUGGAUAUUCUGGAGGCGCAUACCCUGCGGGAUAUGGCGCGGAAGAUUGAGGAGAGCGCUGUCGAGGGGCUUUUGGAUUGGGAGCGGGAGACUGCUUUGCCUGAUCUCGACGCUGUCCUGGCCGAUCUCCCAACACUGAGCGAGCAAACCAAGAAGACCGGCACAACCAUCCUGGUGACCGGAUCAACAGGUUUCCUAGCCCGGCACAUCCUCCCCCACCUCGCCGCCAACCCCACCAUCACCCAAAUCCACUGUCUCGCCGUCCGCACCCCCUCCAAGAUCCCCACUCUCUCCUCCCCCGCGCUUCAAGCUAAACUUACCAUCCACCCCGGCGACCUCACCCUCCCCCGUCUCGGCCUCGACGCCGCAACUUUUGCCUCGCUAGCCUCCCAGGCCGAUGGUAUCCUCCAUCUAGGCGGUGGUCGUUCCUUCUGGGAUCACUACCAUGUUCUGCGCGGGGUGAAUGUCAACUCUACCAAGGAGGUCGUCACGCUGGCUGCUGCUGCGGCUGGGAAGAACGUGCCGGUGGUGUAUAUCUCCAGCGUUGGUGUCUUGCCUGAUGGGAGUGACGUCGCGGAGUCGGCGGCUGCAAACCCGCCUGCGGUGGAUGGCACGAACGGGUAUGUGGCUUCGCGGUGGGCGAGUGAACGGGUGUUGGAGAAGGCUGGGGAGGCGUGGGGGGUUAAGGGGGUUGUGGUACGGUUUUUGCCUGCCUCUUCUGCCGCUGGUACAGAGAAUACGGAGGAGGAGGUUCUGAAGGAAUUCCUCCACUUUGCUCGGCUGAGCAAGACGCUUCCGGAUUCGACAGGUUGGCAUGGACGCGUGGAUAUGAGUCCUGCUGGUGAAAUUGCUUCGCUGCUGUCUGACAAGCUGUUGGCCCUUGCCUCGUCUGCGGACAAAGAAGGAGCAAAGACGGACACGGAGUUUGUGCAUCUGCCGAGUCAGUCAUCGGUGGAUGUGCAGGCACUACAAGUGUGGUUGGAGGAGAGGAUUGGGGAGGUUGAGGGAGGAAAGGUGGAGAGAGUGCCGCUGGUGCAGUGGAUGGGACGGAUUAAGAGACUGGGUUUUGGCCAGUUGAUGACUUCGCAGGAGGUUACUGUCGGCGGGCCGGGGGCGGGGUUGGAGUCGAAGCGGUAG